GAAGAAGAGAGCGUUCACCAGUUGUUCCUUCCCGAUGUAGGAUGUCGGAUGUAGGAUGUAGGAUGUAGUACAUUGUACUCAGUACGUCCCUAGGAGGUACUUGGUAUCGGAAGCAACAGAUCAAAAUGUUCACUUCCUCUCCACCUUCAUUAUACUUCAUUCUUCAAAGGGUGUCUAGAAUGUUGUCUUGACCUUCUUUUUCCUUUUCAUCUUCAUCUCCUUACUCACUCAUUCACUCAUUCACUCAUUCACUCAUUCACUCCUUCACUCCUUCACUCCUUCACUCCUUCACUUAUUUCUCGGAUUUUCAAUUUCUUCAGUCAUUCCUUUUAAACCUUUCCAUUCCUUACAAACAUGCUUCUCCGGAAUAGAAGUAGUCUCUUCUUUGCGACGGGAGUUUUAUGCAUUCUCUGGUUACUGUUAACCAACCACAGAAGGAUAGUGAGCCAUGUGGUGGAGCAAUAUAAAGGUGCAAUGGAAACAGAGGUUGUUAAAGCACCGGGAUUUGAAGAAGUACCUACCAUUCAAAUAAUUGAUCCUCUGGUUGCCGAAGUUCCAAAACCACAGGAGGAUCUUUUUCCCGCCCCGCCACGUCCUCCGCUUCCCGAAAUGACUCUUCUUGAAGCUACUGCAAAGAGUAGUAGAAUCACUCUUCAUCUCUCCAUACAGUUUCCCGAGGCAACAACGACAUCAUCUUCAGCAUCUUCAACUGCUACAUGGUCACUUCAGGAUGAAUUCAUCAAAGAGAAUUCGGCACUUGGAAAGUAAGUUUUCCAGAGCCUUGAUUUAUUGUUUUCUGCUAAAGCUUUCAUCAGGGAACAAAAUGCAGGUCAGAUAUAUGGAAAUACACUUGAUGGGGUUAUAGGAGUGGGUUUGCAUGCCGAAUCACACACAUUAUCUCUUAAGGAGACCAAUACCUGGAAACCAUACGCACGCUCAAAACCACUCGAAUAUCACCCAUAUCCCGACUACAACAGUGAAGUGUGGAAGUCGAAAAAUAAAGGAACAUAUGUACCAUGCGAUGGAGGGGAUGGACCGAUCAAAGAUAUCUUGACAUUUUCUGGACAUUCGAAGGCUUUUGAAGAACCUCAGAUGGGAUCAUAUUCACUAUUUGACAUCGACAGCAAUUUAUGCUUUGAGAGAGAGACUCGGCUUGGUUCAUACGGUUAUACGGAGAAUUCUGGGGUCUCAAUCAAUCCAGAUUCGCCUCCUGGAACGGCUAAGGACAAACGUAAUAUGCAGACAUCAAUACGAUGGGACGAAGUCAAUUGGGGAUUACUCCAAACUCAAUGUUUUGAAAAGAACAGAAAUCGAUACUUGGUAUCAGAGAUCCCGGAAGGUCUUGGUGGAGAAAUAAUUAUUCCUGCUCAGAACGCAUCAUCUCCAUGGAAUGAUUCCAAGGCCAAGCAACUGAAUACCAAGAAGAGAGUGUUGGGGACUAUCGUCAGUCGAAAUGAAGGCGAAGAGAAUGAAAUAAAAGAUCAUUUCGUGAAGGCACAACUGGAAAAAGCAGCUAAAGUCGCACUUGAUGCAAAAACGCCCUAUAAAUCACGCACGGCAAUUAUGCUUCGAUCAUACUCAGGGAAAAAAUGGAAUGAGAACGACAAACAAAAUGUUCGUUCUAUAAUUACAGAGUUGUCAUUAAAAUCUGGAGGCGAAUUUGAGGUCUUUUUGCUUGUUCACAUCAGAAAUAGUACCAUUGCCAUAGGGAACGACGCUGACUAUAUUGAAGCUCUCCACAAGAAUGUACCAAAGGAAUUUCAUGAUAUUGCGGUGCUUUGGAAUGAAGAUUACGUUCAAGGAUAUUAUCCACUAAUUCCAAAAAAGGUUACUAAUGUACAUCAAUCUCAAUGGCUUCCAGUUCAAAUCUUCGCACUGGAUUAUCCCCAGUUUGACUUUUACUGGAAUUGGGAAAUGGAUACCCGAUAUACUGGUCAUCAUUACGGCCUUGUUGAGAAAUUAACAAAGUUCGGAACUGAUCAACCAAGGAAGUAUUUAUGGGAACGAAAUGAAAGAUACUACAUUCCGUCGGUACAUGGUUCUUAUGAUACUGAUUUCCGCAAAACUGUCGAAAUUCUUUCAGGCAAAGACACUAUUUGGGCACCGCCUAAUGUCUCUAAUGUCGUUCCAACUGGCCCAUUACCACCAGUUUCAGACCCAGCUGAAGACAAUUACGAAUGGGGUGUUGGUGAAAGUGCUGAUUAUAUAUCGGUUGCACCAAUGUUUAAUCCCAAUGGCACUGGGUGGGUUGGCAAAAAUGAUGUUUGGGGCUAUGAUGGACGUAAUGAUACCCCUCGACGUACAACUAUCAUUACCCAUUCCAGGUGUAGCAAGAAGUUAUUAGAUGCCAUGCAUACCGAGAAUCUUAACGGUAAUCAUGUCAGUAGCGAGAUGACACCUCAAACAGUCGCCCUACUUCAUGGAUUAAAAGCAGUAUAUGCACCUCUUCCAAUCUUCUUUGAUAGAGCUUGGAACGGUACAAGUUUGAAUAAAUGGUUUAAUCCUGGCCCUAAAGAAGAAAGUGGGAGUUCGUCUGAUAGUCCAUUUGGCUGGGGUAAAGAGAAGAGGUUUCUAGGAAUGACCUGGUAUUACAGAGCGAUUCCACCAGCUAGACUAUAUAACAAUUGGAUGGGAUGGGAAGACCAUGGAAUGGGUGGAGCUGAGGUAUGUUUGAUUAUCUGUUUAGAUGUUGUGCAAGUGUUAACUUAUUAAGUGGGAGAACUUAUAUGGCAGGCCAUGUCUUCCUCCACUUUUAUUACAUCCGGUUAAAAAUACUGAAAAGUCGAAGAAGGGUUUUGCCACAAAGUACGAUUUUCCUUAAGAGAUAGGCGAUGUCAAAUGUAUGGGGAGUUUGGCAAGGUUAAGGAUUGAUUUGGGAAAAGGUGUAUGAGUAUGGGAAAUGAAUUGCUUUACUUGCUAAAGAACGAAUGUAAUGAUUGACAACGGGGUGGGAUAUUAGGUACAAGUACGAUAUACAAAAGAUGGAAUUAUUUGCUGGCUUAGGAUUUGUUAGGUAGAGGAAUAGUGUAGAAGAA